AUGUCUACCACCGGGUCUCUGGAUGCACCUGUUGCCCAAUCGGUGGGUAAUCUGACCUCAGUCACCACUCCUCAGACUCCCAUUACCCAUCGACCCAAGUAUACUCACGCGACUGCUCAUGUUCCCAAUCGAGCGGCCCACUUCGACACCUCUCUUUCUGUGCCCGUCCGCAAGUACCUGCAGACGUAUGGUCUCACCCCUCCUCGCGCAGAGAGUUACGAGAUCCAAAAGAAGAGAUGUUUGGCACAAUUGGCUUUGAAGCCCACAGAUCUCGAGAGGUUUCUGUAUCUGAGCACCAUCAGAUACAACAAUGUCCACCUCUUCUACCGCCUGCUGACCGACCACUUCACCGAGUUGACUCCGUUGGUCUACACUCCCACCGUUGGAGAAGCCUGUCAGAAGUGGUCAGAGAUCUAUCAGCAAGCAGAGGGCAUGUAUCUCAGCUUCGAAGAUCGAGGCCACCUUUCGGCUAUCAUCCAAAACUGGCCUCAAUCCAAUGUUGAGAUCACUGUCAUUACCGACGGCUCCCGCAUCCUUGGUCUGGGUGACUUGGGAGUUGGUGGCAUGGGCAUUCCCAUUGGAAAGCUUGCAUUGUACACUGGCUGCGCAGGUAUCAGACCGGAAGGCACCCUGCCGUUGACCGUUGAUCUGGGUACCAGCAACAAAGCUUUGAAAGAAGACCCGCUAUACAUGGGCAGCCGAAGAGACAAGGUGACACCAGAGGAAGAGCAAGAGUUCCUCGAUGAGUUGAUGGCGGCCUUGAAAGAGCGCUGGCCCGAUAUUGUCAUCCAAUUUGAAGACUGGAAGAAUCCAUUUCCCGCCCUUGAGCGCUACCGCCAAGAUUAUGCCAUGUUCAACGAUGACAUCCAGGGUACUGGCGCUGUCAUAAUGGGAGGAAUCAUUGGCGCUAUCAAGCAAUCUGGCGUCUCUCCCAAGGACCAUCGCGCAGUCUUCCUGGGGUCAGGAUCAGCUGGUGUUGGCGUCGCCAAGCAGAUCGUGGACUACUUUAUGCACGAAGGGCUGACAGAGGAAGAGGCCAAAUCUUGUUUCUGGCUUGUGGACAGUAAGGGCCUUGUAACUCAGGAUCGGGGUGAUAAGCUCGCCGAACACAAGAUCUACUUCUCGCGAAUGGACAACAACGGUCAACAGUUCAAGACGUUGGAUGACGUUAUCGAAUAUGUCAAGCCCACCAUCAUUAUGGGUCUCAGCACGAUCGGCGGCGCCUUCACCCCCGAGAUCCUGCAAAAGAUGGCCAAGUGGAAUGAGAGGCCAAUCAUCUUCCCGCUCUCAAACCCCUCUUCCAAAUCAGAAUGCACCUUUGAGGAGGCAAUCAUCAAUACCGACGGCCGAGCUCUGUUUGCUUCUGGCUCUCCUUUCCAUCCAGUCAUGCACAAGGGCAAGGUGUAUCACGGAGGCCAAGGAAACAACAUGUAUGUGUUCCCUGGUAUUGGCCUAGGCACCAUUCUGUCCAAGGCCGUCCAGGUAACUUCCAACAUGAUCUACGCUUCUGGCGAGGCCCUGCCGACCAUGAUAACGGAGGAGGAGAAAGAGAAGGCCUUUUUGUACCCGUCGAUUGCACGCAUUCGAGAUGUCAGUGCUCGCGUCGCGUUGUAUGUCAUCCGCGCGGCGCAAAAAGACAAUGUGGACCGCCUGCACCACUUGCGUGAUAUGAGCGAUGACCAACUGGAAGCAUGGAUCAAGGACAAAAUGUACGAUCCGCAUAAGGAGACUCAAGAGCUCGAGAAUGAAGUCCGAGACCUUGUGCAUGAUAUUAUGACUUCGCCAAAGUUGUGA